GUUUUUGUAGAGGUGAGAGAAUUACCAAUUUUGUCAAAACCCUAAACCCUAACUUGUCCCCUGUUUUCUUCCUCGUAGCACCAAUACUACUACUACUAUCACCCUACGUUGUUCUUUGAACGCAGACACAGAAGCUCUCUCUGGUGUAACCAGCUCCACUGUUUUAGCUUCGAAUUUAGAGAGAGAGAGAGAGAGAGAGGGAGAUAUGGCGUCUGUGAGCUUGAAGAAGAACUACCGCUGUGUUCAAUCUCUGCAACAAUUCUAUUCCGGGGGACCCUUUGCCGUCUCAUCCGAUGGAUCUUUCCUCAUAUGCGCUUGCAACGACACCAUCAAGAUUGUCGAUUCUUCAAACUCAUCCAUUAAAUCCACCAUCGAAGGCGAUUCAGAGCCUAUCACUGCCCUCGCUCUUAGCCCCGACAACACUUUUCUCUUCUCUGCCAGCCACAGUCGCCAAAUUAGGGUUUGGGACCUCUCCUCCCUCAAAUGUUUGCGUUCUUGGAAGGGACACGAAGGACCCGUGAUGGGCAUGGCUUGUGACGCCUCGGGUGGAUUGCUAGCGACGGCGGGAGCUGAUAGGAAAGUACUUGUGUGGGACAUUGAUGGCGGAUUCUGUACACAUUUCUUUAAAGGCCAUAAAGGUGUUGUGACUAGUAUCAUGUUUCAUCCUGACCCGAAUCGACUGAUACUUUUUUCUGGAAGUGAUGAUGCAACUGUUCGAGUCUGGGAUCUUGCAACCAAGAAAUGCAUUGCAACGUUAGACAAGCAUUUCUCAGCAGUAACUUCCAUGGCAGUAUCUGAAGAUGGAUGGUCCUUGCUCAGUGCUGGAAGAGAUAAGGUUGUAAACGUGUGGGAUCUUCGUGACUAUGGCUGCAAGAUCACUGUACCAACAUAUGAGGUGCUCGAAGCUGUGUGUGUAAUCCCUUCUGCAUCUCCUUUCACUUCUUGUCUGGAUUUGUACAAACAGCAGCAUGGGAAGAAAAGUGCUUCAUCAGCAAUUUAUUUUAUCACAAUUGGUGAACGUGGGAUUGUACGGCUAUGGAACUCCGAGGGUGCAGGUUGCCUUUUUGAGCAGAAGACUUCAGAUGUUACUGUCCAAACUGAUGAGGAAGACUUGAAAAGAGGCUUCAUUGCUGCUGUCAUGUUACCCUCAGAUCAAGGAUUGCUGUGUGUCACAGCUGACCAACAGUUUCUCUUCUAUUCGCCGACUGUGUAUCCUGAAGGUUGUUUGAAGUUAACCCUAAGCAAAAGGCUUGUAGGAUACAAUGAAGAAAUAGUGGAUAUGAAAUUUCUGGGUGAGGAUGAACAAUUUCUUGCUGUUGCCACGAGUGUUGAACAGGUCCGAGUGUAUGACCUUGCAUCCAUGUCAUGUUCCUAUGUGUUGGCAGGUCAUACUGACAUUGUUCUAUGCCUUGAUACCUGUGUACCAAGUUCUGGAAGAGCGCUUAUUGUGACGGGAAGCAAGGACAACAGUGUUAGGUUAUGGGAAGCUGAAAGCACACAUUGUCUUGGAGUUGGCGUAGGUCAUAUGGGAGCUGUUGGAGCUGUUGCUUUCUCGAAGAAGCAGCGGAACUUCUUUGUUAGUGGCAGUAGUGACCGUACCCUUAAGGUCUGGAGCUUGGAUGGUCUCUCAGGCGCGGAACAACAUUUGAAAGCAAAAGCAGCUGUAGCAGCACAUGAUAAGGAUAUAAAUUCUCUGGCCAUUUCCCCAAAUGAUAGUCUUGUUUGCAGUGGAUCCCAGGACCGCACUGCUUGUGUAUGGAAGCUUCCAGACCUAGUAUCAGUGGUGGUUUUAAGAGGUCACAAAAGAGGAAUUUGGUCAGUAGAGUUUGCUCCAGUUGUUCAAUGUGUUAUAACAGCGUCUGGAGAUAAAACAAUAAAGAUAUGGGAUAUAUCUAAUGGUUCAUGUCUAAAAACAUUUGAAGGGCAUACAUCAAGUGUAUUUAGAGCAUCAUUCCUUACUCGUGGGACCCAGUUUGUUUCAUGUGGUGCUGAUGGCUUGGUGAAGCUGUGGACAAUUAAAACUGACGAAUGCAUUGCAACUUAUGAUCAACAUGAGGAUAAGGUUUGGGCCUUAGCUGUUGGGAAGAAGACAGAAAUGAUUGCAACUGGUGGCAGUGAUGCAGUUGUCAAUUUGUGGCAUGAUUCUACUGCUUUUGAUAAAGAGGAAGAUUUCCGUAAAGAAGAGGAAGGGGUUUUAAGAGGUCAAGAACUAGAAAAUGCUGUAUCAGAUGCUGACUACACCAAAGCAAUCCAAAUUGCCUUUGAGCUUCGCAGACCUCAUAAACUUUUUGAGUUAUUCACUGAACUCUGCAGGAAGAGAGAGGCUGAAGUUCAGAUAGAUAAAGCGCUUCAUGACCUUGGCAAGGAACAGUUUCUUCAACUCCUUGAAUAUGUCCGCGAAUGGAAUACAAAGCCAAAACUUUGUCAUAUUGCACAGUUUGUUCUUUUCCGGGUUUUCAACAUCAUUCCACCAACGGAGAUUGUUGAGAUAAGAGCCAUUGGACAAUUACUGGAAGGUCUUAUCCCAUAUUGCCAGAGGCAUUUCAGUAGGAUAGACAGGCUGGAGAGAAGCACAUUCCUCUUGGACUACACUCUGAUGGGGAUGUCGGUUAUUGAACCAGAAAUGGAGGGAAGAGAGGUGAAAGAUGUGCCUGCACUGCAAUCAAAUACUAAGGAUGCAGAUGAGGAGCUAUUAACAGAAAUAGCUGAUAAGGAGGAAAAGCAGACUGACGAGGUAAAAGAGAGAGCCUCGAACUCUUCAAAGAAACGGAAAUCAAACAAAUCUAGAGACGUUGCAUAUAAGAAAGUGAAGGGGGCGGCUCAUGCCAAAGUUUCAGCUGUUUCAUCCCCGGCAUGAUACGUCAGACGAUUAUACUACAGCCUUAUAUUUGUUCAUUCAUGAAUUUUUGUCCAAAUUUCACGCAAAAGUGAGGCUUCUACCCUUAUAGGUUUUAUUAGUGUCUUUUUUUGUAGGGUCCUGCUGUAGAAAGCAUAUUCAUCGUGCCUGCUUUGAGGGGGGAUUUAAGAUGGUAUAUCAUCUAAAUACGCUGGACUUUGAAAAGUAUUGAGUUACAAUUCAUUGUACAAGUGGUCCACAACCAUGUUUUCUAGAGGAUUAACGAGGGCACAUUUCCCCCCUAGGUUAUGGAGAGUUACUGUUUUUCUGUUUUGUUUUGUUGUGUGUGUGUGUGUGUUAAGAUACUCAGGUGGAGAGCCUAAUUUAUGGCGGCAUUUGUUUAUGGUGUCA